CUUCUAUACUUCUAACUUGUUCCACGAGUUCUGUCUAGAAACGGAAAUAUUAAUUUAUUAAAAAACAAAAAAGUAUAUUUAUUUUGUUUUUUUGUUAAAGGUAUAUUUAUUUUGUUGAGAGACGUUUCUUUAUUCUUCUUCUUGAUCGUGUUCAGACGUCAAGUUCAUCUCAUCAUUUCUCUCUUCUCUCUUUUACCCCUAAAAGAAAUAUGAUGAAAAUGCAAAUUGGAACAACGGCGACUACUCCCGGCGACGGUGAAUUAGAGCUCCGACCUGGAGGAAUGGUUGUACAGAAACGAACGGAUCAAAUCUCCAACGUGCCACGUGUUAUUCGGGUUCGGGUCAAAUACGGUUCGGUUCACCACGAGAUCAGUAUCAACUCUCAAUCUAGUUUUGGAGUGCAUCAUCAAGACAUGAAGAUUAUAUACAAAGACAAAGAAAGAGAUUCAAAGAUGUUUCUUGAUCUUUCCGGUGUUAAAGAUCGUUCCAAACUUGUUCUCAAAGAUGAUCUGAUUUCUCAGGAGAAACGUCUCCUCGAGUUGAGGAAAAUCUCACUCCAUGACAAAUCUACUAGAGCAAUCUCUGACAUUACUUUCCAAGUCCAAAAACUCGCCGGCCAACUGUCGGCGUUUGAUACAGUGAUUGGUAAAGGAGGAAAAGUUGAAGAGAAGAAUCUGGAGAAUUUGAUGGACAUGUUGAUGAAUCAACUGGUUAAACUCGAUUCUAUCUCAGGAGAUGGAGACUUUGAAUUAAAGAAGAAGAUACAGGAGGAAAGAUUACAGAAGUAUGUUGAGGCACUCGACUUGUUGAAGAUCAAAAACUCCACACAACCGCAACCGCAACCGCAAAUGCAACCAAAGCCACAAACACAACCGCGAUACAAGGAACAGGAUUUGCUGACAUUUGAUGAGCAAGUGCCAAGGAAACCGACGGCCUCCUCAUCAAGUCCUUCGGUGAUCAUAACAACGAGAUGGGAAACCUUUGAUUCCCAUUCUACUUCCGCGGCCACGCCACAAACAGUUAAACCGGUUCAACCUAAUCACAAAUGGGAAUUAUUCAAUUAAGACACAUAUACAUAUACAUAUAUAUAUAUACACCAUACUUUACAUAUUAAAUAUUUUGCUCUCAGAUUCCCUUUCUUGUAACAUAUGUGACUUUUUUUUGUGUGUGUCGUGAUUAGUCUUUUCGGUUACAUUAUCUAAUUUUGUUGUCGUGUGUUGCUUAUGCUUCAACGAAUACUGAUGAUUAUCAUAAUCGUGUAUAUGUAUAUAUAUGUUUUCUGUAUC